GCAGCUUCCCCAAAACUAGUUGCGAUAAGCAACAAUCUCAUCAAUCCACACCUCAACCCCAUCAAAAUGCAUACCGCUAACGAAAUGGUGUCCAAUAUCCGCGAAGCAUCGCGCCUUCUCGUGCGAGAAUUGGGUUUUAUGUCCCCGACUCUAGCAGGAACAGAACUUCCUGCUUCUGCCGUUCAUGCCAUCAUAGAAAUCAGCCAUUCCACGCCAACGACGGCUUCAUCACUCAGCAAAACAUUGAAUCUUGAUCGAUCAAACAUCAGCCGAGUACUGGCCAAGCUUGUGGAAGCAGGCGCCGUGAUUGAGACACCAAAUGCCUCGGAUGGAAGACAAAAGAUACUGUCAAUUACGGACGAAGGCAAGGAAAUUUCGGGCAGGAUUGACAAGUUUGCCAACGAGCAGGUGAUGAAGGCUUUGAAGAACCUGCCAGCUGGCUCAGCACCGGAGCAGAUCUUGGGUGGAAUUCGGGCGUAUGCUACGGCAUUGAGAGCGCAAAGGCUUGGUGAGGAGGUGAAGCCUGUCGAGGGAAUGGCCAUUAUCAGUGGAUAUCGGCCCGGAUUGCUUGGUCGUUGCUUGGAGAUGCACAUGCAGUAUUAUUCCCGCGCUGUUGGCUUUGGAGGCGCUUUUGAAGCUCAGCUUGCGACUGGAUUGGGAGAGUUGCUGAACAGGCUGGAUAGCCCGAGGAGUGAGGCAUGGGUUGUGACAGAUGGGACGAAGAUCUGUGGGACAGUCUUCAUCGAUGGAGAAGGAUUGGGUGAAGGCAAAGCUCACCUCAGGGCUUUCAUCGUGGACGAUACCUUGAGAGGUCGGGGAUUGGGUCGGAAGCUCAUUGGAAAGGCCAUCUCAUUCGUAGAUGAUCAUGCCUUUACUGAGACGCACCUGUACACUUUCAGGGGACUUGAUGCGGCGAGGAGAUUGUACGAGUCUUGUGGCUUUGCCUUGGCAGAAGAGGCUCUGAGCAAUAAAUGGGGGAAGGAAAUGAUGAUCCAACAUUUUGUUCGCACUCCUUCUAGAUAA